CGCCGAGCACAAUCUGAUUGGAAGGGCCGUUGAGCUUGCUUACAGCCCCCUUCAGCUGGGUUCAGCUGCCACACACAAGCUUAUACAAAAGCUGCCUGACCCGCGCCGUUUGUCUGACGUUCAUCUUUUUGGUGUAUCGUCGCUCAGCCUUUCGUCUCAACGCGCAUUUAGGAUUGUUUUGCUGCUCACGAACAACAAUCGCUUCCAAAGUUCUCCGCACAGUCCAAUCGAUAACCAACGGCCUCUGACGUCGCAUUUCGAAGCACUUUAUCACACAUCACUACCAGAAAUAUGGGCAAAGCAGGGCGUUUCGCGUGCAUCAUCGCGCCUAUGGCGUUGACGGUUGCAUCGCUCAUUUGUUUACUGCUCGUCAUGGUCGGGCAGCUGGGCAACAGCAACAAGGCUCCCUCGACUGCGCUGGGGCAAGAUCUAUACUUCUUCAAGGCAGAUACAAGUAACUUCACAGCCGACCCGCAAACAAUUAUCGACCAACUCAAGAACGCCGGCGACCACGUCGACGUUAACAACGACCUCCUCGACGCUCUGACUGGCGCAGCCUCCUCCAAGGAACUUAAAGCCUUCUACCAGGUCGGACUCUGGUCGUACUGCGAGGGCGAGAAGACCGACGGCGUUGAGAAGAUCACCUACUGCUCCUCUUCGAAGACACAGUUCUGGUUCAACCCCGUCGAGGUUUGGGGCCUGCAGAACACAUCUGUGCAGAACGUGCUCGGCGACGACCUCCAGAAGGGCCUCGACACCUACAAGAAGGUCGCUGGCUGGAUGAACUGGGCCUUCAUCAUCGCAACAAUUCUGACCGCCGCUGAGUUCAUCGUUGGUUUCUUCGCCAUCUUCUCGCGCUGGGGCAGCCUCGUCACCACCAUCCUCUCAACCGCCUCCACCAUCUUCUCCAUCGCCGCCGCCGCCACCGCAACCGGCGUCUACGGCGUGCUCACCGGCGUGUUCCACACCGCGCUCGAGCCCUACAACAUCGACGCCUCGAUGGGCAACAAGAUGCUGCAGGUCAUGUGGCUCGGCGUCGCCUUCAGCAUCGCCUCGGGCUUGUUCUGGCUGCUCAGCGUGUGCUGCUGCUCCGGCAAGAGCGGCCAGAAGAAGGUCCAGGUCGAGAAGACGCCCUACACGUACGAGCGCGUUGCGAGCCCCGCGUUUGGCCAGGAGGGGCAUCAGCUGCUGCCUACGCCCGCGUUCAAGCCCAGUGGGCAUACACAGAGCGGGACUGCGUAUGAGCCGUACCGCAGCCAGGUUUAAGAGAUGAGAGUUUUGUUUAUUCAUUGAAGAGCGCGCGGGGGGGGGGG